CAGCAUAAUAGCAACCAACUGGCGCCUUCCCGCCGUUACGCCAACACCAUGACACAACUCACGCCCAUCUCUUCGCGCAAACGCCCCUCGCCGGAUGAUGGAGCACAGUCAGAUGGUUUCAGUACAUGCGACACCGGGUCAACGAAGCGUCAGCGAACACUAUCACCAAGCACAACCGCAUCGUCGGGCCUUCGUCUCUCCAUACCUCACGAAGAUGCGCCACCAACGCCACCAGCAAGCGCGAGAGUGAGAGGUACCAUGGCUCUGAGGCUCGUUAUACCGCAAGAGCAGAUCAGCCGCGAACAGCAGAAGAAGCUUAGUAGGCACAGAGCUGAUGCAGAGCGCUGGAAACCGAAGCUUCAACGACCGUAUCCCAGGACGACUGAGAUCGAGAAAGCGUACCCGUUCAAACUGAUGCGACACUAUCCCGAUGCAACUACACGGAUUCAGCCGAACUUCGUCAGGCCGAGUAUCGAUAAAUCUCCUCGUGUGUCUCGCCUGUUGGAGCAGUUCCCGCUCAUAGACACCGCUCAGUCUGCACGAGAGGCACACGUAGAACUGCAGACGAAUAUACACAUCACGGAAACUGAACACGCGCAGCGGCUAGCAUGGCAGUCAUUCUCGCGAACUGAGCGGGACCGAGUUGACCGCGGGCGCGAGGCGAUGAUACAAUCUGGCCUUUUCACCGAUGAUUUGAGACUGGAGACUGUCGGCCGGCAGAACAGGUUGCCUGAGUGGAAGAAGCCUUGGACAGGACGCUUUGCUCGAGAGCGUCAAGCAGCUGGCUAGAGACUCGCUGCUAGACGCUCUUACGACACGAAUCCGAAUCUCGCCUUAGUCAUCCAUGCGAUUCGGACGAAUAUGACUCACACUUAUCCGGUACGUGUACUGUAACAGC